GUACACAGUCACAUAAUCAGUUAAUGAUUGUUAAAACCUACCCGAACAGCAACCUAAAGGAAUCGAAUAUACAGGUACGGUGUUGUUUAAACAUUAUGGAAGUUCCUGGUCAAAAAGUGUCGACGGACAAAGAUGCCAAACUGUGUUGUUUAUGUGAAGAUUUUGACAUAACAACAUAUGCGGAUGGGUUUUGCGUCGAAUGUGAAGUUUACUUUUGCAAUUCAUGUUUCGUGAAACACAAAGGACGUAAAAUUAGUAGAAAUCAUUCCUUAGUAACAGUAGAUGAGUCGAAGUCAGUGAAAGUAAUGGUUGGUGAUACGUAUGAAACAUGUCAAGAGCACAGUGGAGAAAUUGUGAAAUAUUAUUGCCCAAAGCAUGACCAAGUUGGCUGUGGAGAAUGCAUAAUUGUAUGUCAUAAUGGGUGUAAGUUAGAACUCAUUCGUAACAAAGCUGCUGCUUAUUAUUAUAGUCAGGAAUUUAGAAAUCUAAGAGAAGAGAUGAAUAAAUACAUAAAAGAGGCUGAAGAUAGUUUAUCAUUGGUAGCGAUCAACCGGCAACAACUUGCAAAGUCAUAUGAGCAAUUUGUUAGCGACGUGGAGGCAUUCUCAAACCAGGUAAUUGAGCGUAUAAACAUAAUGAGGCAGAAGGUUCUGAGUCAGGCUAAAAACGUUAUGUUGAAUGACAAGAGGAAAAUAGACGAUUUACAGAAAGAUACUGAUGACUUAAUAGCUGAUUUGACACGCCAAAACAAUCUUAUUGAGUCGAAAUGCGAUACACCCAACAAGCUCUUUGUAUCUUGUCUUCUAAUGAAACCAGAAUUAAAAAGAACCCAGCACAAUUUGGAUUGCUCAAGAAAGAAAAAUGUUGUGACUCAGUAUAAGUUUAUGCAAGACAAAAUUCUAGCUGAAUCUAUUACAGAAAACAAGGUGAUUGGGAUGCUCAUUGAACAGUCGUCGGAAAGAAGUCAACAACAUCAACAUGAAUUCAAGCAAAUUGAUUCGACUGGUGAAGGGCAAGUUUGUAAUCCUUCUCCUCAGGCAAGUAUAUAUAAGAAUUUUCAUUUAAAAUCUUAUUACCAUCAUAUAAUAUUUUAUAAAGGGUGACAUAUGAAACGAUUUCCAAACAGAACACAAGAAAGAAAAGGUGAACAUACAACAACAAAUUGUGACGUUCAGGACUGUCACUGACGCAAAUAUACCUUGAAUAUGCAAACAUAUAAAACAUCAUAUUGACGUAUUAACCAAAGGUCAAAAUAACAACACCCAACAGAUCAAAAUAUGCAUACAUGGACACGUGAAAUUUAUGGAUACCUGCAGAGUCAUAAAAGUGACACUUCGCUUCAGAUUUAAAUCUUUCAAUUUUUGUCAAAGCGAAUUAUGGAUUAAAUCCGAAAAGGAAUGUUAUCACCUGAGUUAAAUAAUAGUAAUUUGUAAUAAGGUGCAUAUACAGAAAAUAAGAGGGUAUUUACCGAUAUAUCUGAAAUAACUCCGAAAAUACAAAUAGGGUACCGAAAAGGGGAAAACCCUUGUAAGGCUAAAUGGGUCUGUCA